CAGCAGAAGCAGCAGCGUCGUCGGUGCGAAUUUCUGUUUCGUUCGUUUGUCUAUAAACUGCGGUACGCCCUUAUGUUGGCCAACAUUCGCGCUUGUGAUACCGAAACAUAACAUACCCAACAAGACCCUCAUUGGGCGUAAUAUGUGAAGAAAAGUCUGACCUUCACACACCAUACAUAAUACAUACAUACAUACAUACACACACAUCCAUAGAAAUAAUUUGCACAAUUCUUGCCAACAAAUACAACGAAUAAACACACAAAAGUUCCUAAAUCAAAGUCACAUUUUGUGCACAAAAUACAACAAGUUCCUAUCAACAACAACAACAACAACAGCAACAAAACAGCGAAAAUGACAGCAAUGGGAUUACUUUUGCUAUCAAUGAUGGGUUACAGCCAGCAUAUGCAGCAGGUUGGUGGUCCAGACGGCGGCAGCGGUUCGCGUCUCUAUUCACGUCAGGAUUGGGGCGCCCGUCUGGCAAAGCAAGUGGAGCAUUUCCCCGGACCGGCACCAUAUGUAAUCAUUCAUCAUUCGUAUAUACCAGCCGCCUGCUUUACCACAGAAGAUUGUAUGAAGAGUAUGCGGAGCAUGCAGGACUUCCAUCAAUUGGAACGUGGUUGGAACGAUAUUGGCUAUAGCUUUGGCAUUGGUGGAGACGGCAUGAUCUAUACGGGACGUGGCUUCAACACAAUUGGUGCCCAUGCUCCCAAAUACAAUGACAAGAGUGUGGGCAUUGUUCUCAUUGGCGACUGGAGAACUGAAUUGCCCCCACAAAAUAUGCUGCAAGCAGCCAAGGAUCUAAUUGCUUUCGGUGUGGCCAAGGGUUACAUUGAUCCGGCCUACAAGCUGUUGGGCCAUAGGCAAGUUCGUGACACUGAAUGCCCCGGUGGCAGACUGUUCGAGGAGAUAUCUUCCUGGCCACAUUUCACAAUUCUCAACACAACCGCAACGGAUGUGAAAUCAACGCAAGCAGCCGUACAGAAAGUUUAGUUUUGAAACAAAACAAACCAAACAAACAACAAAUAAUUCAACAACAGAAGCUACAAACAACGAGUUUUUUACAUUGUCAAGGAGCUUAUCCAGUAUUUAUAAACACAUACACACACAAAAUAAAACAAUUACUAGCAAAUAAUACUA